AAUACUUCCUGGAGUCCAGGACGGGCAGUUGCUACAAAUUUCACUACACAGGCCAGACGUGGCACCAAGCGUACAUGACGUGUGUAGCUGAAGGUGGACACCUGGCCAUCAUCAACAGCGCUACUGAAGCGCAAGCACUCAAAGAGCUAUUUGCUAAGUAUCCUGCAAACACUAUAAAGGCUUUACGCACAGACCCCAUUUUCCUUGGAUUUUUGGAUUGGAACGAGGAUAAUACUUGGUUUACUAUUCAUGGUGAGACAUUAGAUGAAGCCGGGUACAAGAAUUGGCCGGCCGAUCAGCCGGAUAAUGGUAAACAUGGUAACCUGGGCCAACACUGCGGCGGCAUGUUCAGAACGGGUUACUUGGACGAUUUGUGGUGUGACGUCAUCACUUUCCCAUUCAUUUGCGAAAAAAGCCCAGACAGUUUGCUUCUAUAA